CACACGUCAAUUGUCAGUUUAAAGUUAGCGAAAAUGGCGUUGUGUUGUGCCAUUUCAAAUGAAGUACCUGAGCACCCAGUGGUGUCUCCGUCAUCAGGAGCAAUUUUCGAGAAGAGAAUAAUUGAAAAAUACAUUCAAGAGAACGGGGUCGAUCCCAUUAGUGGUAAAGACCUCUCGAUAGACGAACUUAUUGAUAUAAGAACACCUCCGAUAGUGAAACCGAAGCCUCCCAGUGCUACAAGCAUUCCUGCCACAUUAAAAUUAUUACAAGAUGAAUGGGAUGCUGUUAUGCUGUACAGUUUUACACAGAGACAACAAUUACAGACUGCUAGACAAGAGUUAAGUCAUGCUUUAUACCAGCAUGAUGCUGCAUGUAGAGUUAUUGCCCGUCUUAACAAAGAAGUAACAGCUGCUAGAGAAGCUUUGGCUACUCUCAAACCUCAAGCUGGUAUUACAACAGUUCCUCAACCUGCUGUGGCUGCUGAGGCAGCAGGCGUGGCUAACCAACCAACUGAACAAGCUGGUAUGAGUUCAGAAGUUAUUCAAAAAUUACAAGAAAAAGCCACUGUAUUGACGCAAGAGCGUAAAAAGAGAGGCAGAACUGUUCCAGAGGAACUUACAACACAAGAACAGUUGAGAUCUUUCAAAACAUUGUCUUCUCUCAUUGGUCUACAUUCUGCUAGUAUUCCUGGUAUUUUGGCACUAGAUGUUCAUCAGUCAGACACUAGCAAAGUUUUAACAGGUGGAAAUGACAAAAACGCUACUGUGUUCAAUAAAGACACUGAACAAGUUGUCGCUAUUUUAAAAGGUCACACCAAAAAAGUCACCAAAGUUAUAUAUCAUCCAGAUGAAGAUCUAGUAUUAACAGCUUCUCCUGAUUCCACUAUCAGAGUAUGGAACGUCCCUACAUCACAGACGACGUUACUUCUUAGGGCUCACGAUGGGCCCGUCACUGGUUUAUCCCUUCAUCCUACAGGAGACUAUGUACUAUCUACCUCAGAAGAUCAGCACUGGGCCUUUUCAGAUAUCAGAACAGGCCGUUUGUUGACGAAAAUAUCUGACAAUUCAAAUGUGGCUCUUACUACAGCUCAGUUACAUCCUGACGGUUUGAUUUUUGGUACUGGAACUGUUGAUUCACAAGUCAAAAUUUGGGAUCUGAAAGAACAGAGUAAUGUGGCCAAUUUUACAGGACACUCUGGAGGAAUUACUACCAUUUCUUUCUCGGAAAAUGGUUAUUAUUUAGCUACAGCUGCCGAUGAUGCUUGUGUAAAAUUAUGGGAUUUAAGAAAAUUAAGGAAUUUCAAAACAUUAACAUUUGAUGAAGGUUAUCAAAUUAAAGAUUUGUGCUUUGAUCAAAGUGGUACAUAUUUGGCUGUUGCCGGAACAGAUGUUAGGGUUUAUUUAUGCAAGCAGUGGCAAGAACUCAAAGUUUUUAAUGAUCACACGGCGACUGCGACUGGAGUUAGAUUUGGAAAACAUGCUAGGUUUAUUGCAUCUACUUCUAUGGAUAGAACUUUAAAGUUGUAUGGUUUAGAGUAAAUUGUAACAAAUGUUCCAUUUUGUUUUUUUUUGUAAUUUUUAAUGAUAAUGUAUUUCUUAAAAAUGUGUUUUGACUAUAUCUUCAUAAGCAAUAGAAUGUUCUAUGAACUUUUUUAUUC